UAGGCCCUUCCAGUCGCAAAAUGUCGUUUAACGAGGAAACAUUAUGGAUUGGAUUGUUUUACUUAUUUUGUUUAAUAAAUUGCCUUUCGACAACCAUAUAUAAAUACUUUCAUGUUAAUCAAAUGAUAGCUUGUCGCGACGGGAAAACUUAUCCGAUUAAUUCUUUUCACUAUUCAUUCCGUAACGAAGCGAGCCUACUUGUGAUGAAUAGCACACUGGAAGUGACUGAGGAUAUUCAAGGGCCACUGAAACAUAGCGUUAUUCUUCAUCGAUGCACAAUGGACUAUUCAUCAUGUGAAUAUUUUAAUGAGUUGGUACAGGAUGACAUUUGCCCGUCAUUUGACGAACCAACAUUUAUGGGAGCAUUCUUAGAGACGAACGAGAAGAAACUAAAGUGUCCAGUCAAAAUAGGAACCUACCGGUUCACAAACAUUAAAUGGAACUUUAGUAGAAUACUUACAGCUCCUGCCGAAAACUAUCGUUGGAAUACCAAAACCAUCAUUGAGCAAGUGAAGAACCAACGUAUCGUAUACUGCGUUGCGGGAAAGGUGCGCUUCAACAGAUCUAGGAGCAGGAAAGUUCUCUAGGUUAUAUCAAAUUAUACAUAACUAUUUUUAAAGUGUAUUGUCAGAUAAACAUUUUGAAAACUUUGUCUUUUGAACAUUAACUUUCUAACAAUAGCGGAAAAUAUGGCGAUGUCGUGCGCAUCGCAAUAGCACUA